GAUGGAAGCAACAUGGCGUCAAAGUAGCGUGUAAAAUACCCUAAAAACGUGAAACUUUACAUACUCAUAACUUUUGAACCGCUAAUUUCCUAAAGUUACGACCUACAUUUAUGGAUUCUACGUGUCAAAAACUACUAAAGAGCAAGAAAAAAGGGCAAUAAUUUUAUGUCCCUGGAAUCAAAGUUCAGCCUGGAUGAAAUUCAAAAAAUAGAAAUACUUAAACAAGAACUCAUACAAGCAGAAAAAGAGAAAAGUGAAACUUUCUUAACAAUUAUAUCAUUAGAAAAUGAAAUUGAAAAAACUGAAUAUAAAAAAACAUCAAAUGAAGAAGUUGCAAAUGCUUAUGAAUAUGAAGUUGACCAAAUUCUACGACAAUCAAAGAAUGUAGGAAUGAGAAGAGAAGAUAGAUGGGAAACAAGGAAAGCAGAUGAAUAUCGAUUAAAAGCUAUACAAGCUGAACAUCAUAUUGAGAGACUUUAUGUUUCAAGAGAAUAUGAAGAAAGAAAAAUUACACAACUUGAUAAAAAAAUUGAUAAAUUAAAACUAGAAAUAAAUUCUAUUAAUUGUCAGAAUCAAUCCUCAACAAGUGGAUAUGGUGAACCUUCAACUUCUAAAUCACCAAAAAUGUACGGUCGUUGCCGUCAACUUUAUUGCUUUGCCGCGGCUAACGGUCCCGAACGGGAAACAUCGACGCCGACCAGCCGAAGGUAAAAGACCCUUGGAAAACCCUCGGGGUUUUCCCCAAAAAUCGCUACGUCACAAGCGGGCGGCCACCUCGAACUCCCCGCUACAAAUUCAGCCAACCAAAACAACCACUCUUGUUACCGCCCUCCACCAAUCAUGUAAAACAACCCCCACGCUACGUCUCCGCGAAACUUACCUUGUAACGCGUUUUUGAAAUACAGAGCAGAACAACUCUUGACUCCGUUCAA